UUUAACACAGCAACAAUAUAUAUUAAAUUAUAAAAUGAAUUAUAUUUUUGUAUCCUUGAAUACAAAAUGAAAGUUGACGCUAUAACGAAGUUUUCUUACCUAUGAUUAAGGUUAUAGUGAACUAAAACUUAACCUCAUAAUGAAAAAUUUUGUGUGAUUUUUAUAAUUUAUAAAAAAUAAUUUUUGUAAUUUUUUAAAAUUACUCUUUAAUAAAUAAUAUAAGUCAGAACUUAUUUAAUGUUCUUAAGAAAAAUCUUUCAUAAAAUCAAUUAAAAAUGUUGCAAUUUAAUGGAACAGUUUAUACUAUUGCAAGUAGACUUACUUCUCGAUUUUUGUGGCGAUUAAAUGCAACAUUGACUACAAAUACAACUACAGUAGCUUCUGAAUCUAAAGUUAACAUUCAGCUUAAUAAUGAUCAAGUAAAAGAGAUAAAAUCACAAGUUACAAUGAAUAAUAUACAAUAUAUGGAAUUUAAUAAAUUAAAAAUAAAAUUAUGCAAUAAUUUAAAUAUAAAACCUGAAAUUGUUACUAAAAUUGAACAAGCACAAAAUAUAAAUGAACUAUUUGAAAUUAUGAAAACAUCUUUAAUGUCUCAAGAUGAUAUUUUGGAUGUUCUUAAAACUAUUACAAUAUGGGCAACUAAAAAUGAUAAAAAUAAUUUAAAUUCUAUAUAUAAACAAAAUUUAAUACAAACACAAGAAAAAAUUAAUGAAAUAAAAGAUUUGAAUAUUAACACUGAAAACAAUGAUAUAUCAGCUUAUAAUGACUUAUCAACAUCUCAAAUGAUUAAGGAAAUAAAUAAAUUAGCAUGUAAUUGCGAUAGAAAUAUAAAGCUUUUAAAUUUUUUUUUUCAAAAUAUUAUUGAAUAUCAUAAUGUAUUAAGUCCAGGAGCAUGUUCAAAUUUAAUGUUUAAUAUGAGUAAAUUAUCUUAUUCAGAUGAGAGAUUACUUAAAAAAAUUUGUAAGGAUUUUAUACAGAAUAAAAAAAUUGCAAAAAUAAAAACUACAGUUUCUAUAUUAAAAUCUAUGGCACAAAUCAGAUAUAGAAACGAUACAUUUUUAAAUUAUAUAUGUGAAGAUAUUAUUAAUUCUAAAACUAAUUAUACUAUCAAGGAAAUUGCAAACAUUUUACACUCAUUUGCAAUAUUAGGUUAUUAUUCUGAUUAUAUAAAUAAAUUAAUAAAGAUAUAUAUACCAGAUUCAAUUGUAAAUCAAAAAUUUAAUUAUUCUAUAAAAUUAAAUCUUAUAUGGUCUUUUGCUGUAUUCAAAAUAUUACAAAACACACAUGCUAAAUAUGUAUUAAAUGAAGAAUUUGUUUCAAAACUAAUGUUAAUUGAUGAGAAAAAUAAAUUAUCUCAUCAGUUAAAGUUAUUAAAUAUUAAUGGAUAUGCACAAUAUGCACUCAAAGAUUAUUCUGGACCCUUUCUUAAUAAAGAAAUUGUACCAGAUAUUGUAAAUAUACGUUCAAAACAAAAGAAAGCAUAUGUUGAUGUACUUGAAACAACAUUACAAAAUAUGUUACCAUCUGCAUCUUAUUAUAAGAUGAAUAUAAAUACCAAAAUGGGAUUUGUUUUAGAUGCUGAAUUAUGUAUAGAUUUAAACCUUAAUUUUAUUCCUGUGGAUAAUGUUAAUCAAGAUGAAAAUUUCAUUAAGAUAGCUUUAAUAUUACUUGAUUAUUAUGAUAUGUGUUUGGAAGAUUUAAAUUAUAAUGGUUUAAUUAAAUUAUAUUCUCAUUUGUUAAAAUGUAAAAAAUAUAAAGUAUUGUGUAUAUCUUACCAAUAUUUUGGUAUGGAAGAUAAACUUGAAAGACGUAUAUCUUAUUUAAAACGUCAGUUAUGGAAAAAUUUUAAUAAGACAUAGUAAUCAUCAAAUAUGACUCAUAUUAUGUAUUAUUUAAUAAAUAAAAAAAUUUUAGAAUAUAAUUAUGUUUAUAAUUUA